CUCUACGGUCGAGAGCAGCCAGUGUCAGUUCAGCAGAUACCUGCUCACUGUCAGGUAGUAGCAGCAGCAGCAGCAGCAGUGGCGGUCUCUCUCUUUCACACGCACACUGUUGUCUGUCUUGUCCUGUCCCGUGCUAGAAAGAGAGAGAGAGAGGGAGAAGGAGAAAAGAGACAGAGAGAGAUAAACUGAAUCGUAUCACAUACUCCACAGUUUCCUUAGCCCAUGCCAUCUGAGAUUUCGAACGCCACCUCCACCAGUGUAAAUACUGAUGAACACCCCAGUUCGAGAAACGAAUACGACUGUCACGUAACCUUGUGUCGUUCUCCAGAGCCGGUAGUCGUAGCGUGUUAUCGGAAUUUGUGAUUUACUCACUUUUUCUUUAUAUAAAUAUAUUUCUUUUAACCUUGUCGAGUGAUGUGAAGGAAAUAGUUGAUGAGCUGGUGAACGGUUAUUCGCGGGAUGCUAUUCUGAGGAGGCUCAAAUUAUGAUCUUCUUUACGAACGGAAAACAUGAAGAGACCAGAAGACGCAGAAAAAUCAGCUGAGAAGCUGACGAGGAAAUAGGCAAAUAUGGGAAAACUGGAGAAAAUAUCAGACAAUGAAGCACGCUAACGAGUGGAAGGUCACCCGAUGCGGGGCCUAGCUUGCGCGCGCUCUCUUUGUGGGUCACAGUGAAUUAUGGGGAGCACUGCCCCCUGAAAUUCAUAUGAAAGACACGGGGCUUCAUGUGAAAAUGGGCAAAGAAGGCAGGACUCAAACAUGUCAGUGUUCUCCGAAGCGACGAAGGAGAGGGUCUCCAGGUUCUUCGUCACCCAGCGCCUCUUCGCCGCGUUCAUCGUCACCUUCGCUGUCGCUUUCUUGUCGUAGAUGCGACGAAGGGAACAAUGUCUACGAUGCCCCGUCGGCGGAACCACCGCCCACGUGGGUGUACAUGUUGGUGUGGGUAGCAUCGGUGCUGGUGUACUUCAACGGCCUCAAUGGGGAUUUCGUGCACGACGACAUCAGCGCCAUCACAACAAACGCGGACGUCAUAGGAACUAAUCCUAUCUCCCACGUCUUCUUCAACGAUUACUGGGGGAAGCCUAUGUCUGAUCCUCUCUCUCACAAGUCCUACAGACCCUUCACCAUUCUCACCUUCAGAGCCAACUAUCAGCUCUUCGGAUUGCGUCCAUUUGGCUUCCACUUAGUCAACAUCCUACUUCACUCCUGCGUGUGUCUCCUCCUGACGAAACUCCUCCUACGGGUGGUUCGCGUCCCCCAGGGGACGGCUCUCUCGGCCGGCCUCAUCUUCGCCACUCAUCCCAUCCACACGGAGGCGGUGACAGGGGUCGUGGGACGGGCCGACGUCCUGGCAGCCAUCACAUUUCUAGCAGCUAUUUUGUCGUACCACAGGGCGAUGGAAUGCGACCGGGAGGAGAUCCGUCGCGCUUACUACAUCAAGGAGAGAGAGGAAGACUCGACCAGCUCCUACUGCGACAGAUGGGAGGGCGUGACGGCGGCGGCGGCGGCCGACGAGGAACAAGAAGAAGAAGAGGAAAGGGCUGAAGAAGGAGCAGGAGGAGAUUAUACGACCGAGUACUUGAUGGCCGACCUCGUCAGCUACGAGCUGGUGAAGAAGGAAGCGUCUCUCUUCAGGAAGGCGGAGGGCUUCUUCGACCAGAGGGACGAGAGGGCUCCUAGGGAAGGUCCCAGCGAGGGGAUGGUUUGGGUGAGGAGGGCGGGAAUCCUGGCGGCUGCUGGGACCUUAUGCAAGGAGAACGCCGUCACCAGCCUGGCAGUUUGUGCGGCCUGGGACCUCAUCCUGCACAGGAAGCAUGUCAGGAGGUUAUUCCACAAGAAACCACCAGACAAACCCAUGGAAGGAGUCAUAAGGAGACUGCUCUGUUUAAGUAGCAUGAUAUGCGGAAUCCUUCUCCUUCGUCUGCUGUUGCAAGGGGGCGGCUCCCCCGUGUUCAGUGACCAGGAUAACCCAGCUGCCUGUUCAUCUUCAUUAAUAACAAGGGCUCUGACCUUUGCAUACCUGCCAUCCUUCAACGGGUGGCUCCUAUUGUGUCCCUGGAAGCUGUCUCACGACUGGCAGAUGGCCUCCGUUCCUCUCUUGACGUCUGCCCUGGAUGCGAGGAAUGUCUUCUCUUUUGUGUUUUACGGAGUUAUCCUGCUCCUUUUGAAGGCUGGCUGGUCGCUCAAGGGCUACGAAGGACGGGCAGUUCUUCUGGGCCUAGCGAUGCUGGUGCUCCCAUUUCUACCUGCAACGAAUCUCUUCUUCACCGUGGGAUUCGUUGUCGCUGAGAGAAUCCUGUACAUUCCCAGUGUUGGCUGGUCCCUGGUCGUGAGCAUUGGCCUCUCAAGAGUAGGUCGCCUGAGAGCAGCCAGUUUGCUUCUGUUGCUGAUGGCCUUUUCCUGUCGGACGAUUCAGCGGAACAGAGACUGGGACUCUAGGGCAACUUUAGCGAUAGCUGGCCUGAAGACGCUGCCCCACAAUGCCAAAAUGCACUACAAUUACGCCAACCUUCAGAAAGACCUGGGCAACAUGGACUUGGCUGAAUACCAUUACAGAGAAGCAAUCAGGUUAUGGCCGGAGCACUCGAGCGCUCACAAUAAUCUGGCCACACUCCUAAACGACACUUCGGAGGCUGAAGCCCAUUUUCGCCUGGCCCUGAAGGCACACCCCCAGCACGCCCGGGCCUACUACAAUCUCGCCAGCCUGAAGAACAGGAGACAGGGAGGGUUGGCAGAGGCGAUGCAUCUGCUCGAGAAAUCGCUCACCCACGACGCCACCAACAAGGACGCCGUGUCCGCCCUGGCCGGGAUGUACGUGGACGCAGGCCGCCCCGCGGAUGCCGAGAGACUCCACCUCACCCUCCUAAGGGCAAGGCCCUUCGAUCCAGUGGUCCACAACAACUACGCAGCCUUCCUACAUACAGUAGGUCGUAAACACGCGGCUUUGCACCAUUACCAGACGGCACUCGACCUGGAUCCAGAGCACACUGUGGCACUGGUCAACACAGCCAUGCUAAUGAGGAGUUUACGUCACAACAAACAAGCGGAAAUUCUCUAUAAAAGAGCGCUGGAGCUGACGUGGGACCCCGAGAUUGGGGAGAGCUUAGGAAAGCUUUACCUAAACACAGGGCGACUUGAAGAAGCUUCCCUUACCUUCUCGACUGUGUUGAGGCUUUACCCUCAUAUGGUGUCUUCUCGCGUGUACCUGGCUCGCGUCAAACUGCAGCAGAAGUGUUACACAGACAGCCAGGAACUCCUCCUUCAGGUGCUGUCGGAAGAACCUCACCACCAAGACGCCCUUUUCCUUCCAGCUCUCCCUCCUCUACACCUACACCAACCGCACCCAGGAGGCUCUCGCCCUCGCCCACAGGGCUGCUCACAACUGCUCAACCCCGCCCGCGUUCUGCGCCCACAUCCACGCCCACUACGCGGACCUGCUCAAGGAUAGGAACCAAGCCGAGGAGGCUGCUCAGUGGCGCUGGAACCCAGCCUGACUCAUGCUCACGUCAACUUGGGAGCUCUUUACCACACGAAGGGCAACUACCAGCAAGCGUGGCACCACUACCUGACUGCCCACGGCCAGGAUCCCUCCAACAGCCUACUACGUGAG